AUGGAUGAACUCUUGCGAGGAUCCAUGAAUGUUAAGAUGAACACGGGAAGCUUUCUUCUGUAAUUUGUCGACGGAACUUCCCAUUUGAAUUCCACUGUUUAUUUGACCAUUGUUUUCAGCUGAACAUAGGAAGCUUUCUUUUGUAAUUUGUCAAUGGAACUUCCUCCCACUGGAAUUCCACUGUUGAUUUGACCACUGACUCAUUGACUCGUCUUUUUUGUCAUUACUCCCGUUUAUGGCCCUCCCUCACCGACUCCUCCCGAGCUUCUUCUUCUUCUUCUUCUUCUUCAUUUUUAAUCUCUUGGCAUUUGAAUUCUUGCAGCAAAGAUCUCUCUUUCUAGCGGGAAAGAAAUUUUUCUCGACCGGCGAUUGUACUUAGUGGGUUUAGUUGGCGAUUAUUGAAGGGAUCUCUAGGGAUUUCAAACAUGAAGGUUGGUAUUUAACCUUACUUGGGUUUAAUUUUAAGCAUAUAGAAAGGUUUUCUUCUGCAAAUCUGUUAUGCGUUCUGUUUUGGAGUCUCUCGUCCUCUCCCUCUGCGAAUCCGUUGGGGUUGAAAUCCUUUGAUGGAUUAUCCUUCCGAUAUUAAAAUUAAGUUGUUGUUUUGGGCAGAAAAUAGUGUUGAAGUUGGAGUUACAGGAUGAUGAGAAAUACAAGAAAAAUGAUAAUUAAAUAGUUUUUUAGACUACUCAUGAGAGUUUUGGCAGGUGUGGAUUUUAUUAAGCUCUGAAGUCACUUCAACAUCGAGAGAUUUCUCAUGCAGAUUAAUUUGAGAGAGGAAGAACGGGGAAGAUGAGAACACCAUAUUGGGAAAAGAAAAAUGAACAGUUCUACCAUUAGUGAGAUGAAUUGAGUAUUUGUAUACAAUAUCUAAUCCUGAUUAGUUACACUAAUGGAAAUUAACUCACCAGCUAAUCCAAAUUGCUUUAACUAAUUACAACAGCUUUUCUGACUGGAAUGCUGAGUGAUUGGUGAGAUUAAUGUGGUGGAAAUUGAGAGCAUAUGAAUCUUCAAAGAUCCAUCUUACAUGAGUUCGAUUAUGUUCUUAUUUUUCCAUAUGGGUCUUUACCAAACAAAACCAAAAGAAAAACCCUGGUGUUAGAUUGAACCUACUUUGAUUCCGUAGCUGGCUUUGACCAGGUGUGGAAUCUAUUUCCAUUGACAUGGAAUAUCAGAAGCUGGCAGCGAUCGGAGCGCUGGACAUUGUGAACAAACUGAAGGAGCUUUGCCAUCCAGAAAUCAUCUCUGUUGGUCCUGCAAAAGAGCCUAAGAAGAAGAAAGAAGAACCCCAAAAAACCAGAACCAAAGAAAGAAGAACGCAAGAAAAAUGAAAUAGUCAUUGAGAUUGCAAACUUCUUCAGAAUUCAUUGUCCGAAGAUGAGACCAUACUUUUAUCGCAGAAGUGUAGAAGAAGAUGACGUUAAAGUGGUAUUGAAACUGAAUUCAUAGCAUGACAAACACAAGCAAAAAGCCAUGAAGAAAGUUUCUGGCCUUUCCGCGAAGACCUCUCUUUCUAGCGAGAAGGAAAAGUUUCUCGACCAGAGAUCGUACUUAGUGGGAUAAAUUCACCAUUAUUGAAGGGAUCUCUAGGGAUUUCAAACAUGAAGAAAAUAGUGUUGAAGUUGGAUUUACGGGAUGAUGACAAAUCCAAGAAAAAAGCUAUGCAGAUAGUGACUGGUAUUUCAGGUGUUGAUUCGGUUUCAGUAGAGAUGAAGGAGAAGAAAUUGACAGUGAUAGGGGAGAUUGACGUGGUGGAAGUUGUGAGCAAAUUGAGGAAGCUUUGCCACACAGAAAUUAUCUCUGUUGGACCUGCAAAGGAGCCUGAGAAGAAGAAGGAAGAGGCCAAGAAACCAGAUGCGAAGAAGGGGGAAGAGGUGGCACCUGCACCCAUUUUUUAUUAUGGACCAUAUCAUGAUACUCAGCUUAGGAAUCUCAAAGGGUUUAAUCCUCAAACAAGUACACAAACUGAUGCUACCACUUCAGAUAAUGAUAAUGAUGUUGUGCUGAGCUUCUUCCAGUCCAAGAACAGAGCCUUUCUUCUCUGGAUCCCAACUAGCAGACAAGCUGCAAUAAGCAAUCCCAAGAAGCUGAUGCCCCAGAAGUGAGCAAAGUAGUAAGAAAUGACAGCCACACGGGAACAUCCCAUAAGCUAUGGUUCUUGACCAAACCCAAAAGGUUCAACAAUCCGACACCAAUAACCAAAGGUGCCCCAACAGAUACCAAAGUCCUCACUAUCAUCCUGUUAAACACCACUCGAGGAAGUGGCUCAUCCUCUUCAACACUCUCACCGUUGUUGUUAAAGCCUUUGGCAUUAGCAUGGGCAUGGAGUUUCCAAGUGGGUGUGGGUUGGGUUAGGGUUUCGCCAAUUUUAUGUCGCAGAGUUGGGUUCCAUGGAAAUGAUUUUGGAAGGGAAAGUUGUGAAGGUUGUAACGAGCAAAUGAGUGUUUUCAUGGCUUCUUGGAUUUGGGUUUUAUGUUUUAUUUCAACUUUUUCUUUUUCAGAAAGAACAAAGUUUAUUUAGACAUAUAUAUAUAUAUACAUAUAUUAACCUGUAUCAAUUUCUCCAUAACAUCUUCCAGUGAUAUAAUGCCAAUCAACCCUUCGCCUAGGGCUGGAAGAGAUUCAAUAUCCUAAUUAGAAGAAUCGUGUAUGUAUGUAUUGUUCCUGAAAUUUUAGUUGAGCAUGCAGGUUUUUGUCUAA